ACAAGUGAAUGAGGUGAUGCGAAGUUUAUGUAUAUAUUUGUAUAUUAUAUAAGUUAUAAAGUGUGAAAAUAUAUGUAAAAUAAAUUUUAAAAACAUAAAAAUAAAAAUUUGUGAUUUAAAGAUACAGAAUUUUUGAAUGACAUUUAUUAGAAAAUGUAAUAUUGUACUUGGUUGUGUGUGCAUAAACAUAACCUUCCAUAUUCUUGGAAAAUAGUCAAUUAAAUAUUAUGAUAUUAAUAUAUUUCAUUUAAAUUUUUGACGUAUUUUAUUUUUAAUUUUCUUUCAAAGGAUCUUUUUUUGUUACAAAAAUGUCAAAUGAAAUAAAACUAGCUCUUAAAGAAGCUCGAGAGACAUUUAAAGAAAACAAUUAUACAGAUGUAAUUAAAAAAUGUAAAAAAAUAUUAAAAAAAGAUCAAAAUAAUUAUGCUGCACUUAUGUUAUUGGCGGCUGCGAUGAAAGAAAUUGAUGAAUAUAAAUCACAAGUUCCAUUAGUUCUUCAAAGAGGUAUACAAAUUCAAGCAGACAAUCCAUUAGCUUGGCAUGGUUUAGUAGCUUAUUAUGAAAAAAACUUGGACAAUAAUGAUUGUUAUAACCAACUAUUAUUAGCUUACUGUAAACUUUUACAGAUAGAAAGUGAUUCUAAAUUUAUAUAUAUUUCAAAUAAAAUCUCAGAAUUUUCCUCACAAUUGAAAGAUAUUGAAACCAUAAAUCAAUGUAUUGAACAUUUAAGUGAAUUACGAAAAAACUUGGAUGAUAACAAAGUUAAAAUGAUUGAUAAAACGCUUGGAUGUCUAUUAUUAGAUCAUUUUUAUGAUCUUGAUAAAUAUCAAAAUUUAUUAAAAUCUAUCUUUAAAUCUGUAAUCAAUGAUCUUGAUACAAUAAAACAACGAAAUUUUUAUAAGAAAUAUUUAAAAAUAUUAUACGACAAAGAUGAAUUAAAUAGUUUAAUAAAUGAAGCUGUGAACAUGCAUCAGCAGUUUCCAGAAGACAUGUUACCCCUAGAAUAUAUAUGUCUUGUUUACUGUGAGCAGAAUAUCUUGAGUAAAGAUUUUAUUGACAUUGAUAUAACAAAAUUUUAUGAAUGUCUUUUAAAAUUGAAUGAAGAGUCUGAAACGACUAAAAUUGCUAAAGCAUUACAUUUAAUAAAAUCAAAUAAUUUGACUACAGCUCGAGAAAUAUUAAAAGAUAUACUUACAUUAAAACCGUUCUCGGUACAUGGUUGGAUGGCAUUAAGUGAAAUAAGUAGAAGACUCCAUUGCUGGGAAGAUGCAGAAAUUGCUGCCAAACAAGUAUUAGAUAUGAAUGAAUGUAAAAUAAAAGAUAAAUUAUUAUAUAAAAUGGAACUAACGUUAGUUGAAGCAAUGAGUAGAACUAAUGAUAAAAAUAAAUGGGAAACUGCUUUAUGGAUGUGUGAAAAUAUACGUCCUUCAACGCAAUUGGAUCUGAUUCGUGCACGUCUGAAUAUAUUGUUAAACCAGUCAGAUGUAUAUAUUCUCUUGGACAAUUUGGAAUCAAACCUCGAAACUAAAACGCAUGCUAGUAUUCUUCGGGCAUUGUAUUUAAAGCAAAAUAAUCAGUACGAGGAAGCUGUGAAUAUACUUGAUUCAGUGUUAGAGGCUCAGACUUCUGAAGCGUGGUUACUUCUCGGUAUAAUCUAUUGGGAAAUGGCAGAAUAUAAUUACAGCUUAAUGGCUUUUUUAAACGGAAUAAAAGCCGAUCGUUUUAAUUGGAAAUGUCUAAUUUACUUGGGACAUUAUUAUCGUGAACAUGGUAAUGACAUGGAACGUUCUAGGAAAUGUUAUCAAACUGCAUUACAAAUCAAUCCAAAUUCCGAAGAGGCUGGCAUUGGUUUAAGUACAGCAUAUAGGCUUCUUAAAAAUCAAGAUGCAAAUAUAAAAUUGUUACAAAUGCUAACGGUACAAGGUAGCGGUCCUAAAUGGGCAUGGCUACAACUCGGAUUGCAAUAUCUUGACCAAGGAAAUGCAGAGCAAGCUAUUAAAGCUAUUCAACAUGUUAUUAGAGCUGAUUCUAGUGACAGCCACUGUUGGGAAUCAUUAGCGGAUGCAUAUUUUAUACGAGGUGCAUACACAUCAGCAUUAAAAUCUUACCAACGAGUAUUAGAAUUAUGUCCAAAAUCAUUAUAUCCAAUGAUACAAUUAGCAAAUAUAAAAUUGAUUAUUGGACAGUAUAAGGAAGCAAAGAAAGAUUUUGAAUGCAUAUUAAUAAAUGAAUCAUGCUAUAUCCCUGCUUUAAAAGGAUUGGCUGAAGCUUGUUUAGCCCUAGCAAAAGACUGUACUGCCAAACAGCUAUUGGGUCGUGCUAAUGACUAUUUGCAACAAGCAAUGGACAAUUUAACUAUAGCCAUUAAAAAACGUAAAGAUACGUCUUGUCUUUGGAAGUUACUAGGUGAUGUGUGUUAUAGAAUUGCAACAUUGCCAGAAAAGUACAGUCAUUUAAAAAUAUCAUCUACUUUAAUUAAAUAUGAAAAUGUUGAAAAUAUUAUGUUGCUUAAACGAUUUGAUAUAUUCACAUUAUCAGUAAGGUGUUACUGCUGUGCAAUAUCUCUUUCUCCAAAAUCAGCUCUAUUAUGGCAUGAUUUGGCUUUAUGCUAUUUAAUGCAACUAAAGCAUGAUCCAUCAGUGAAUCAUAAAAAUCUUGCUAGUAAAUGUCUAGCUGCUGCAAAAUAUGCUGUUAAAUUAUGUCCUUCAACAUGGAUACAUUGGAAUCUUUUGGGUGUUAUUUGUAUGUCGCCAUACAUAAAGAAUUAUGCACUAGCACAACAUGCUUACAUCGUGGCAAUUGAUAAGGAAUUAAAUAAUGCUAUAGUAUGGUGUAAUUUAGGAACAUUGUAUUUAUAUAUAGGAAAUUUGUAUAAAGCAAACGAAGCUUAUUCUCGAGCACAGCGUGCAGAUCCAUCAUAUAUAAAUAGUUGGAUAGGUCAAGCCUCAAUUGCCGAAAUGAUGCAACGAAAAGAAACAAUGGAUUUAUUUAGACAUGCAAUACAAUUAGGAUAUCAUAAUCAAGCUGCUGUAGGGUAUGCUCAUUGGGUACUUGACACGAUUUUAAAUGUUGGUACCAAAAAGGAUACUUUACAUAUGCAUUCAACUGAAAGUGUUUCUGCCAUAUAUUCUGCUACUGAUAUUAUGACGUGGUAUGUAGAGAAUCAUCCAAAUGAUUGUUACGCUCGAAAUGCAUAUGGAUUAUUGUUAGAAAGACAGAGACUUUAUAAAUCAGCUGCUGAACAAUUUGCUGUUGCCGUAUGUAAUAGUACUGAAAAAGAAAAAGAUUUAGUUUCUAUAAAUUUAGCACGUGUACUGGUACGACUCAAAAAAUAUAACGAAGCAAUAAAAUUAUGCCGGACGGUUACAAAUGUGAAUUAUAAUUCUCAAUGCCAUUUAGCGUUAGCUUUAUUCAAAGGUGCGCAAUAUGAAGAAGCAUACAUCACAUAUGAAACAACUCUGCAUUCUUUUGCGGAUACUGAAAUAGAGAAAUCGUAUACAUUGUGUGCAAUGGCGGCAAUAGCAUAUACUUUUCAAAGGGUAGAUGAUGCAAAAACUUUGCUUUUCCAAUGCAUGCAAUUACAACGUCCAGUUAUAACAAGUCUUUUGGCAGCUGCAUCCUUAGGAAUAUUACAUGGAGAUAUUAAUUUAACUACAUUGGUAUUAAACGAAUUAAAGUUAUAUGAAACUCACCCUGAAUAUGGUCAUCACGUCCUAAAUCUAUUUGCAUACUUUUAUUUAAUUGGAAAUGAUAUUAAAAAGGCUAUUACUAUUCUCUCUAAAGCAAUUUUUAAAUAUCCUGGUAAUGUGAAAUACUGGACACAAUUACUUAGAAUAUUAUUGGAAACUAAUUUACAGCUAUUUAGCAGAUGUGCUCAAAAAGUACUGUUCCUUAAUAGGAAUAUUAUUACUGAAAAUCACGCACAUGUUGCAUGUGCUUUGUCUUUCAGUUAUUUCAUGCAAAAUAUAGGACCAAGAAGUAUUAGAUCUAUGCAAAAACUUUUAUUCACUUAUCCUGGUAACAUUGAAAGCUGGGCAAUGUUCAUCGCAGCAUUUUUGUCAAGGUCUGCAAUUAAAAAUUAUAAAGUCGACAUUGAGUGGCUUUUAGCAUUUAUAACUAUUAUACAACAAAAUUAUCAGCCUACAAGUUUGAUGACAAAAUGGUUGAAGGACAGUAAAAUAAAACUAAGACAAGACCUAAUUUUCGCAUAUCUAGUAUUGAUACUUCUGAUAACGAAUAAUGUCGGCUCGAAAAUAAUAUUAUUUGGAAAAAAAGUGGAAAUUUUACGAAAAACUAUCAACCAUCUACAAAAUAUUAGUUGUGGAAGUUUGGUAAAUGUAGUAGAUGGCUUGAGCACUGCUUUACCUUAUAGUUUAUUGUUUUUUAAAUUAAUUAGCUUCUGGAUAAACCGUAGAUUAUUUAAAAACAUGUUAAUGAAAAUGUCUCAAGACUGGAUUAAUUCUUCUAAAUUCAACAUUGAUGCCAUGAUAAACAAAACUAAACUUGCAUACCGUUACUCAAAGCAUUUAAUUCACACGAGAAUAUAGAAGAACUUAUAAAAAUUUUAUUGUUUUAUAUUGCUAUUACAUUGGAAGCAUUUGUUUUUUCCUAUGCUGGGGAAUAUCUUAGUAAUAAAAGUCUGUCAAUCAGCACUUCAGCUUACGGUUCUUCUUGGUAUUUAUUAGAUCCUAGAGAUAGACGUGUUAUGAUACUUCUCAUGAUAAGAUCGCAAAGACAAUUAACAAUUACCGCUGGAAAAUUUAUGGAUUUAUCUAUGGAAGCCUUUGCAAAAGUAAGCUUGAUAUUUGUUAGAAAUAAAUGUGCUUUUAAAGAUUAAUAGAAUAGUAAGAGUAAACAUUGAAAUCAUACAUAUGAUGUCAAUAUGUAUCAUACAUAUGCUAUUCGCAUACAGAAAUUUCCAAUAAUAUAAUUAAAAAAUGUUUCAGACAAAA